CCCCAAUUAGAUCUGCCGUUAUCCAAGAUCAACUCAGAAGCCUUCUGCGGUAACUAUUUUCAUUUUUUUAUUAUUAUUUUUCCUUCACAACUCUCUCGGUGAGGUUGUCGUUCCCUUCAAACAAUUUUUCCAGCAGUUUCAGAGGAAGCGAUCUUCUUCUUGUCCACAAAUGACUGCACUCUUGAAACUUGUUCUGCUUUUUUCCUUGUGCGUGGCUUCAACCUCGGCUCUUUCAGGAGCCGAUUCUAAUGGUACCACUGUAUAUGACAUUCUCUCGCAAUUCGGCUUGCCCAUAGGGCUUCUUCCUAGCAGCGUCAAGGGUUUUUCGCUCUCUAAUGAUGGAUCUUUUGUUGUCGAAUUGGAGAAGCCCUGCUACCUUCAAUUCGAUUAUCUCGUCUAUUACGACAAGAAAAUCACGGGCACUCUCGGAUAUGGGAGCAUCUCUAACUUGGACGGCAUCGAAGUCAAGAGUCUCUUCUUCUGGUUCGACGUUGAUGGGAUCAAGGUCGAUCUGCCCCCUUCUGAUUACAUCUACUUCGAGGUUGGCUUGAUCACGAAGAAGCUCGAUAUCACGCAGUUUCAGAAAGUUCAGUCUUGCCGGGCCAAAGGUUGUCGGAAGUCGAUGAUUGUACAGCUGCCACAUCCUACGCGAGAAAUAACGAUGCUGCUCACUGAUUGAGGUCCAUUUCAGGCUCUCUAAUGGCAGAUCAAACUGUAUUUGAGGCCUCUUAAACAGUAAUUGGAUCGCAUGCUCCGCUAUGGUUUUUAUAAUCACAAGUUAUCUCAGUAGUUUAUACUCAUGUUCACCAUUGUGAAGCCCACUUUUAGUCUGUAUUUCUUGUAUAACCCAUCCCUUGACUUAUUUACAGCAAAUUGCCUCCAGUUUGUAUCGUUGAGAUAUGGUUGUGUGCAAACAAUUGUAAGUGUCUAUUAUUAGUGCCGGAGCGUGUCAUUGAUGUUUGACAAUCCUUCAUGCAUCUAUAUCUAAAUCAACACUUAUUAGUGAGCGUUCUUGAUCUUCA